GCUGCAGAGGCGCCUUGGACGCCGGGCCGCGUGUGUACUCUCGGGGGCGUGGCGGCGGGAAGAGCCGGGCGGCAGGCGCUGGCGGUCUCCGGGUGGCCGCGCCUCCCCUGGAGCCGGACUCUGCGGGCACGUGAGUGGGAGCGGAGCGGCGGGGAGAAGCCGACCCGGCCGGCGAGGUCCGGCUCGCGGCUGAAGGGCCUCCUCGUCUCCACAGGCCCUGGAAGUACAAGCCUUGGUUGGUGUUUCGUUGUGGAGGCCAUGGAUACCUCGACGCCUUUGCCUCCCGUAGCCCCCUCCCCGGCCUGCAACCCAGCCCCACGGACGAUCCAGAUCGAGUUCCCUCAGCAUAGCUCGUUACUCCUGGAGGCCCUGAACCGCCACAGGCUGGAGGGAAAGUUCUGUGAUGUGUCCCUCCUGGUGCAGGGCCGCGAACUUAGGGCCCACAAAGCGGUGUUGGCUGCCGCCUCUCCUUACUUCCACGACAAACUUCUUCUGGGGGAUGCACCACGUCUCACCCUGCCCAGCGUCAUCGAAGCCGACGCCUUCGAGGGGCUGCUCCAGCUCAUUUAUUCCGGGCACCUCCGUCUGCCACUGGAUGCUCUCCCUGCCCACCUCCUUGUGGCCAGUGGUCUCCAGAUGUGGCAAGUGGUAGAUCAGUGCUCAGAGAUCCUUAGAGAACUAGAAAACUCAGGUGGUGGGAUUUCAACUCGGGGAGCGACCCCUUUCCACACACUUCUUUCCACCACAUCCUCUCCAGGAGGCUGGUGUAUCCGCUCUUCCCCUUUCCAGACUGUGGCUCAGUCUUCCGCUUCUACCCAGAGCCCCGUUGGAGGGGAGGGGAGUGAACUGGGAGAUAUGUUACAGCUUCAAGUUGAAGAAGAGGAGGAGGAGGAGGAGGAAGAAGAGGAGGAGGAGGACCAGGGGUCAACAGCACCCUCUCAAACUCCUCAGCCUCAGAGAGGGUCAGGGGUUUUUCCCCGCCCUCCUGCAUCCCACGCCCUGCCCACAUCCACUACUCCUUGCAGGCUUCCAGAGGGCGAGAGUGCUCCACCUGAGCCUCCAGCCCCUCAUACUGUACUGCCUCCCAAAAUCUUCUACAUUAAGCAGGAACCCUUUGAGCCCAAGGAGGAGAUAUCAGGAGGCGGAACUCAGUCUGGAGGAACAAAGGAGGAGACCAAAGUGUUUCCAGGAGGGGACACUGAAGAGAAUGGAGAGCUAGGGUUCUUGCUGCCCUCAGGAGCAGGGCCAACAUCUGGAGGAGGUGGUCCAUCCUGGAAACCAGUGGAUCUUCAUGGGAAUGAAAUCCUGUCAGGGGGUGGGGGACCUGGGGGAGCAGGGCAAGCUGUGCAUGGACCUGUGAAGCUAGGCGGGGCACCCCCUGCAGAUGGAAAACGCUUUGGUUGUUUGUGUGGGAAGCGGUUUGCAGUGAAGCCAAAGCGUGACCGGCACAUCAUGCUGACCUUCAGCCUUCGGCCCUUUGGCUGUGGCAUCUGCAACAAGCGCUUCAAGCUGAAGCACCAUCUAACAGAGCAUAUGAAGACCCACGCUGGAGCCCUGCAUGCCUGUCCUCACUGUGGCCGCCGGUUCCGAGUCCAUGCCUGUUUCCUUCGCCACCGGGACCUGUGCAAGGGCCAGGGCUGGGCCACUGCUCAUUGGACUUACAAGUGACUACUGAGGCCAUACACGAAUUUCCAGGACAAGGGAGCCACUGCUGCUGUUGGAUACUUACCCCUCACUACCAUGGCACCCCAAUCCUGUAUCUUGUUAAUUAUGCCAAGAGGAUAGCGAUAUUAUGGACCUCUUGUUUUUGGGUGUGGGCUUCAACCUGACCGAUUUGGAAACUCUGAUUUCUCAUCUCACUCCAGGUUUUGGCUAACUACCCUACAGGAAAGUGGUUUACAGGCCAUACGUAAAUCGAUCAGUUGCCCAUAAUAGAUAUUCUUUUCAUACAGGAAACUGGAAUUCAGAUUAGAAGCUUAUUUGAUGAGAGAGGAGUUAGCAAGAAAAAUUAUGAUAAAUAUUUCAUUCAGUCUCUGUGAGUAGUUAAGGGAGCUGGUCUCCAUCUAGAGGUAUGUUUGAUUCAGAGUUCUAGUAAUCCGGAGACUAAGCUCUAAGCUUUACUCUCCCUCAUCAUUGCUGAAAUUAUGUGAGUAGAGGUCUUCUUAUAUGCUUUUGUUAAAAUUUUCCAGAAACCCUUCAGAUUAUAAAUUGCUUUCUCACUAGUAGGUAAUUUUGCAACACCUUUUUUGUUGUAUGUUGUAGUUGAGCACUUUAACAGAUGGAGCAUUCCAUGUGUCACUUAGACCCCUCUUUAAUAGAGGAUCUUAGUUCCCGGACCAGGGGUCUAACCUACGCCCCCUGCAGUGGAAGCACAGAGUCUUAACCACUGGACUGCCCGGGAAGUCCCUCUUGUCUACCUUUGACCACCACUGAUCAUCCAUAUUGAUCACACUGACUGGAAUGUGACCAGUGAACUCAAGAGAUGGCCACUGACCUGAAAUAACUCUCAGGGUAGCGCCACCGCUCUGAAUAAGUGGCUGUGGUCAGAGGGACUCAGGGCUGAGACGGCACAUGCUGAAAACUAGAGAAAUAACUGCACAGUGGGACCACGCCCCCUCCCUUUCCAUCCCUACCCACACUUGACAGCCCCUAGGUCGACACAUAGAAGGAUAGAUGUUGGAAUGGGGAGAUUGUCGUAAGUUUCUUAAUUUCUUCAAAUAAACUUUGCCGUGAAAGCUAAGCUGA